AUCUGGUGCCAAAAUUACGCCGCUAGGACGAGCCGCUUCAUUGGAAUACAGAAUAAACUGCGGUGGUGGUGAAUCACUUAACCGCGAGAACUCAGAAGUGGCGUUUUGUCUACUGUUUGUCUUGGUGUUUGUACAGCUUUUUCUCACGCAUCGACACAAAGAAGGCGGUUUCCAGUAUGGAGGUUGGUUACUUGGAGGCCUUCACCAAAAUAUGGGAACAUGUCCAUAUGCAAUGGAAACAUGGAGCUCCAAGAGUAACUUUCCUGACAGAUUUUAUCGAGGACAUUUCCAGCUAUAGCUAUAUAUCCGCGAGGGACAUAAUUGUUUGUGUUUUCCUUGGUGUUGCUUUCACCAUCUUGCGAUAUUUCUUAACAGCUGCAGCUUUCAAGGUGCGUUACACGAAAUAUUUACGUUCUUCAAAUAACCUGAAGCCUUUUGUCAUUUUCAAGAUAUCAUUAGCCUUGUGUUUACAUGGAGCUUUCGAACUUCCGUCUGAUGAUAUUGGAGCUGAAAUUGAACAGAUAUUAAACCAUGUUUUCGCUUUGAUGGGCAAGUAGCAAUAUAAGAAUACUGAUGAACACGGGAAAAUUCAAUGCUCAAACCUAAUAAUUCUGAAUUGUAUCUCAGUGAUAGAACAGGUUUCUAAUUUAACACAUCGGAAUAGACUUUCUCUACAGUGAAAAUUUUUUCAAUAUUACAAGAAUCUUUGUUUGAAUGAUUCAAACCGUUUAGAUUACCAACCCGUUGCGUUCUUCCUAAAUAUGGUCAACCUUGAUUUUGAUCUUCUGUUCAUAUCACGCAACACAUUUCUAAAUGAAGUUUUAUCCAGUUCGAUUACUUUCCUCUUUCCCAUCAUUUUUAAAAACAUGAUUUUUUUUCUCUCUUACCUCAGUGACCUGGUUUAUAUCGCAUUUGUCGUAUAUUUAUUGUGAUCACAAGCUUGGCAUAAGUAGCCGAUAAGCAGCUUGUUGUCAAUUCGAUUCUUUAAUUCGAUAAUCUUCUGAUCCUAAGAGAUCUUGAACGAAUCUUAGUUGUUUGAUAUGUUUAAUUUCUGAUGUCAUUUUCGCACUUUUUCCCGUGUUAUGAGUAAGAGCUUAUACAAAACUGAUGGGAAGAAAAUAAUUUUGAAAAAAAUUGUUGUAAAUUUGAAUGAAGGGAAUUAAUUAAUAUUCAAUUUAGCAAGUCUUCAAAACAUUCAAAUUGGUCAGUGUGAAUUAUUUUUCAAUUUGUGGGAUUCGAAGUUAAUUUUGAUAUUUUAAGUCUUUUGAAGAACUUUUUUUAUCCUUAAUCUUUGGGAAUGAAGAUUUUUUUCAAUAGUUUUGAUUAAUAUUUAAAAUUUGGUGAAGCUAUGCAUCAUUAACAUUACUCAAUUCAAAUCAAAUCCUUAAAUGUUUAGCAUUUUGUCCAACCUUUGUUUCUUUAAUAAGAUUUUUAAUUAUACUUUGCUUUUCUAGCAGCAGGGCUGGGGUAUCAUUUAACAUAGAGAGAGCUACUUACUACAUGACUAAUUUUUUUUUCAUUAAAAAAUAUAUUGAUUCAUAUGUAGGAGAAAAAACAUCAUUGAUAAUUUUUUUCACUAAUCCUUACUGCAAUAUGCUUAUUUAAAAUGCAUUAAAUCACACCUGAUCAAACCUGCAUUUGUUGUGGAAGGAAGUUAUAUGAUUAAAAGAAACCUUCCAAAUACAAAUUUUGUUUUUGCAUCACAAAUUAGAAUUAUUAAAAAAAAAAAAAGAAAAAAGUGAUGUUGUUGUUGGACAUAAUUUAGUGUCUUUUUAACAACAUUACAGUGAGUGAACAUUAAACAACACAACAACUAUUUUAAAAGCUUUGAGUUGAAAAUUUUGCUAGGUGUAUAAAUUUUCAACUCUGACCAAAUUAUUGAGAUAUUUUGCAUUUAUACACUGUAUAUACUUAUCAUGUUGUGAUGAAGACACUGGAAAUGUCAAGCAGAAAUUAAAUGAACUUUAAUUUUUAAGUCUUUGCCUUAGGCUUUAAUACAAUGAGUAUUGGUUUAAAAUGGAGAGUUAUUGGAAAGCCUUAGUGAAAACUUUUCUUAAGCUAAGGGGGUUCCGUUUGGUGAUAAGCAUGUGUAUGUGUUAUGAUAUCAAGUAGCUAAGUGAUGGGACGUAUCCUACUGGUAUGUACUCACUCAUCUAAACGAAGAGCCUGAGGUGUAUUUCUAAAGUUUUACAGUAUGGUUUAGUGGUCACGAAAAAGGUGUGAGUAUUUGAUCCAGCUUGAGAGUCUUGGAGUGCAUCUUCAUAUAAACCUGGGCAGUCAACCAGGCUGGGUAUGCAGUGUAAGUUCCAAAGGGAAGGUUUUUAAGCAAAGUUGGUGAUAGUUUGAUAUUAUUUUGUGUUAGCUCUAAUGGUGAAAAAAAAAGUAAGACAGAUUUAUAACACAAAGAAAAACACAGUCAUUUACAAGGUCAAUUAGAGAAAAACAAGUGUGCUUUUCAUCAGCAAAAUCUGAAAUUUUAUCAGGCUUAAAAAUCAUCACCCAUGGUUGUGAAGCUGUGAUGUUUUGAUUAGUUUGGACUUAUAUUUGAUGAAAUUAAAAAAACAUAGCUUCAGUGUAAGCCCAUUGAACUAUUUUGUUGUUGUGGGUUUUUCUGAUUAAAAUCCUCUUUCAAAGUGAGGUGAAUCAUGAUGAUCACAAUCUUUCCUAUAAUCAUUUUUCAAUAUUAUUUAAGAAGAUUAGAUGGAGCUGCAUUUAUGUGCAUGUAGACUGUCUUGGUAUAAAAUUAUAGCCUAAUUUUCACUUUCCUUGAGAAUUUUAUACCUAGCUAGGUCAGUUAUGUUUAGAAAAUUUCACUUAAUUUUUGUUUUAUUUUUUCCAGCCAUAGGUUUUUUCUACAGGUUGUAUCUCUAGGUAAUGUUGUUCAGUGAUCUCAUUUCAAUUAAAUUAAGAUAAUAGGGGUAUUCAGUUUUACUUUUUAAUUAGUUUCUGUGGAUUUCUUGGUAUCUUUAUCAAAAUAAGGGUGUUGUGUCAGCUUUUCAGUGCCAAACCAAAUCUGUGUCUGUGAUAUUGAAUUUCAGCUUAGAUAACAAAUUUAUUAGCUGAUCAUUAUGAUGCAAGUGCUAAGUAAGUGAAUGUGGUUUUCAGUGAGAAAUGUCUAACUGGAGAACAAAGGCCUAAGGGUGAAAAUAAAUGGGGAAUGUUCUCCUUGUGUUCAUGUACUGUCAAUCAUUUCUGGCCAAAGAAAUGUAGCCACAGAUUGAAUUCUCCAAUCAUGAUGAUCGAAAAUAUUUAAAAUUUUGUAGGCUAUUGAUAGUGAUGAUGAUGAUGUGGUGACUGACAAUUGGAAACUCAACAAAAAGAAUAUAUUUUUUUUAUUACAUGAAUUUACUUGUAACUCUAAAUUUUCCUUAAUUUAGCAGCUAUUGCUCUGAAGACACUACCUAACCAGCAAGUUGCAACUAUUCUUUUUAUGACUGUCAAUUUGAAUUGUUACCAUGUAUGCUGUAGUUGAAAACAAGCUAAAUGAAAAGAAGACCAAUGUUGUCAAAAUUCAUAAAUACGUUAUUUUUCAUUGAAAGAUUUUUGUAAAAAUGAAGUUAAUGAGUAUUAUUUUGUCAUUUUCCUGAUAUUUUUCUGUUUAUAGAAGUACACAUUUUUUUCUCAAAUAUGUACAGUAUACAUUAUACACAACUGUGAAGCUCCUUUUUACCCAGCUGUCAUUUCCUUUAAAUAAAUUAAAUGUUUACUGAUUGGAUAUGAAUAUUUCAAUAAUAUUAAUAUUCUCAAAACCUACUGGUUGUUGUAAACAAAUCAAUCAACCCUUUAACUCCCAAGAUCUUAUAAGUAAUUCUCUUUACUUCUCCCAUACAGUUCUUGUGAUGUUAGUUUGGAGAAUUUGGUAUUGGAUCAACUUAUGAUUCCCUAACUGAUAUUUUUCUCUAUUCUCAUCACAUGUCUGCUUGAUAUUGUUUUGAUAUUAUAAGGGGAAAUUCUGUCUUGGUAACUCAUGGGAGUUAAAGGGUUAAAUGUAUUUAUAAUAUUAUGUUAUUUUUCAAAACAGAAACAUCACUCACAACUGUUCCAAUUUUAAAAUUGGCACAGAUGUUUUAGCAGGAACAUCUGUUUUCCUCAAGGACAUUGUUAUUAUUUACACAUUUAAUUUAAUAGUAUGAAAAUUUUCACUUUGUUUACCAUUAUUAAUUCUAAAAAUUGAAUUGCUAGUUACUAAAUAUUACUCUGUAAUUUGUCUCAAAGCCUUAUUUCAGAUGGUGCCAACUGCGGGAGAGAGAUGUGAAGAAAUCGUCAGAAAGUGCCUUUAAGCUGUUAUUUUAUUCAUUGGUGUUUGGUUACUGCUCCUAUAUUCUUUUCAAUGGAAAUUACAAUUUUUACCAUGACACCAGUAACUGCUGGAAAGGUUAGUUGAUACAGUACCAAACAAAGAAGGUUGAAUUGAAUGUCAGUGAUUAAAUAACCCUUUACACCUUAAAAUCAGUAUGUAUAUUCUCCUUACUGUUCUCUAAACAUUUCCUAUGAUUUUGAGAAGGAGAAUUUGUUUAGCGGUGAAGACCUUCUUCAGUUGAUGAUGUUUAAUUUCUUUUUCUUCCCUUAAUUCUUAUGUAUUACAAUACUUGUCUUGACAGGAUAGUGUAUAAGGUUUUAAUAUUGGAGAAUUUUCAUCCUGAACACCCUUGGAAGUCAAAGAGCAGUCUAAAACUAUUAAUUUCAUCUUAGGUCAUUCUUUAAUUUAUCAGGAGUGAUGAUUGUAUUAAGCAUGGAUGCAUAGCUGGUUAUAAAAAAAAUACAUUUAAUUUAUCAGUAAUGUCUCCCAUUCGAUUUAUGUGUACCUUUAUCUAGGUUGGUACAAGGGAAUGCCUGUUCCUCAAGACAUCUACAUGUUAUAUGUGGUAGAAGCUGGAUUCUAUUUCCAUUCUGUAUACGCCACACUGUACAUGGAUCUGUGGCGAAGGGAUUCUGUUCUCAUGAUUGCUCAUCAUAUUGUAGCUAAUUUACUCAUUCUGUUCUCAUUUGCAAUGAGGUGAGGUUUUAACUUAAAAUUGACCUUUGCUUAUUAAAAUGUGGCGGAAGUUACUAUUAGAUUUGAUUUGGUAAGUCUAUAAAAUAAACCUAAUUUUUUAAAGAACAGUUACUUCCAGUGGUAAAUGUAUUUAAUAUUUAGUUAUUUUGGCAAUAGUUGCCUGUCUGUGUGUCUUAAGUUUUGUGAGAAAUUGAAGGGUACAUUGCUGGCCAGUCUAGAAAGUUUCCUUGAAAUAAGGAGAAAACACAUGAUGUUACCUUUCAGGUACCACAGUAUUGGCCUUCUGGUCUUAUUUGUUCAUGACCCAACUGAUAUUAUACUUGAAUUCACUAAACUGUGCGUUGCUUUCAAGUCACGUGGUGGAAAAUACCAUCUUCUACCAGAUGUAAUCAGUGUAGUUGGAUUUCUGUCUUUUGCAUUAGCUUGGUAAGCAAAUUAAGGUAAUUGAAUGAUUAAAAAUCUUUUAACUUUACAUCAAAGCCAUGCUCUGAAUAGAAAACCUACUAAGGGAAUUUUCAAGUUGAUCAUAUCAUGUCUUGUAAUUCCUUAGAGGAGCACAUUCAACAGCUUUAAGUUCAGUAUUUUGAUAAAUUGUGUCAUGUUGGAAAAAUUUAUCCAUGCCUAGAUCCUGUGUAGAGUGCUAAUUGGCAUGAGCUUUUUACCUCUCUGAAAACUCCAUUUGGGUUUGUGCCAAUUAACCUGCAAUAGACUAGCUUAAGGAUCCCAUCCAGGACAUGCAGCAAUACUUAUGAUCACUUUGAGCUUAGUUCAAGACCAAGACAAGCUCCUUGAUUUGUGGGCCACUUGGCUAUAAUCCUUAGAUUUUUCAUUCACUUAAUUCAGAAUGUUGUGUUGUAGGUUUUACUGCCGCCUUUACAUCUUCCCAAUCAAGGUGCUCUACUCUUGUGGCUGCAUCUCUUUGCUUUUCCUUCCUCAAGUCCCUCUGUACUUCUUCUUCAAUGCCAUGAUCUGGCUACUAUUUUUGAUGGACAUUUGGUGGUUUCAUUUCAUUGUGUUGCUCAUCAUUCGUAUCGCUGUUGGAAAAAGCAGGGGUGUGGAAGACACCAGAGAGAUUCCCAAAGAAUCUGUGAAAGGUGAAGAACAUGGAGAAGUAGCAAAUGGGAAAGUGUUACAAAAUGGAGAGCUACAUAACUGUGCAAGUCACAUUGAGGCCACACAUACAAAAGGUUUGUGCUGAGAAUAUUUUUGGGAAAUAAAUUUUUUUAAGUCAGCAAAUUUUCAGUAAGUUGUAUGCUUUCCCACCUGGACUUAUGAUGCUGUGCUCCCGCGUGGUAAGAGAACAUGUUGCUUAACAAAUCCAAAAAUGAUUUAUUUCAGAAUUCAAUCAAAUGUGUUUGAGGUAAAAGUGGUGGAGAGGAGGGAUCCUAUAACCAAAACAUGGUCUGCCUUUUUUUCCUGUUCAUUUUAGAAAACAUUGCAUAUUAAGUAUAAUUUUUAUAAUGCGUAAAAUUCUACAACAAAAUCUUUUAAAUGUGCCAAAAUGGGGCAUUUCCUUCCCACCCAAGACAUAACAUUCUGCACCUACCUGAACUACAGGUCUACAUCCCCUUGGAACUCUGAUCCAAGCAUGAUACACAGCUAACUCAUUUGGUUACUUUGCUGGAUUCUCAAUCAAAUAAUCUGGGUUAGAGCCAUGGCUGUGUCUUUGUGUUUUGGUUUUUGGGUGGGACACUUUCAUUUUUAUAGUACCUGUUCCCAACCCUGAAGUGCAGAUCAGUACAUACCAGCUGUAAGGGCAACAUGAGGAAAAUACCGGGAGGGAAUGUGAGAACCUCCUGUUGAACAGCAUCCUGUAAAGGGGAGAUUAGCAGUACUCUGUAUUUGUGCAACUGAAACUGGGACAAACUGUAGCAGUAUGGGUCCCCUCAGUGGUAAGGUGACCUUACUUUUACCAAUAACAACUUUUUUUAUGACACGAUUAUUAAGGCACAUGAAACACAUCAAAAAAUAAAAAGUAACAUUCUGUAGAUUUUAGAAUCAUUACUUUCUCAACUAAUGCAAUUGGGAAAGGUUUUCUUCUCAAGCAUGUCCUUUUCCUGAAAAAGAAAUUACUGUACAUACAGGGUGAAAUGUAUUAGUGAAAUUCAGUGUUAUACAACUGUGAUACACCUGCAUUCUGUAUCCUUUAUUUGCAGCUGAACAAAGGAAGUACAACAAAGAAGGAAUCAAAAAGGGGAACCAAACCAAAAUUGUGACAAACAGAAAGACAAUGAGGAGCCAGGCUUCCACCGCAGGUAGCCACACACCAAACCAGCUAAUCCAUAGAAUGAAUGCAGCCAUGCACCAUGCCAGCUAAUCCGUAGACUGGAUAAUAUAACUGUGGAAUAAUUUUAUGCUCAAGAGACUAAAAAUGUCCCUUAUUUAUUUAUUUAUUUAUUUAUUUAUUUAUUGGCAUCAUAUUACUACAGGGGCCAAGAAUAUAUGUUUUAGUAAUAACAUGUAUUGAUAAUUUAUUUAUGAAGGAGAGAAUCAUCCUUUGGUUGGAGAUAGACGUUGUUGCUUGCAUAGCAUUAGGCCUUAUGGCUGAUUUGGAGUUAUUGAUAUUUAUUUAAUAAUGUAUUUCCUUGAAGCUUCUUCAAAGUUACAAAUAUUCCUACCAAUACAAAUUAAGUUACUUAUGAGGAAGUAAAUCAUAGUUAAGUUAUGAGUAUAUAUUGUUGCUUGCAAACUGGUUUUAUUGAAAAUUUUAAUGUUACAUUUUUACUUACUUAUGGCUUUUUCAAAGCCAAGAACAUGAACUUUCAAGUUUUCAUUUUACUGAUAAUUUAUUCAUAAAGGAGAAAAUUGUACUUGAAAUUUGUUUUGAACAGACAUUGUCACAUGGAAACCGGUUGGCAGAAGUUUGAUUUUAAAUUAUAGGACAGAGUAAGCUAUUUUCCUAUUAUUACCCACAGUAAUCAUGGCCUUUUCAUGCUAGGAACUCUCUCUAGUAUUUCAAUACAAAUUUAAUUUAUCUAUGAAGAAAACUGUGGUUUAAUUAUACAUAGACUUAGUUACUCACAGACAGUAGUAACUGGUUUAGUUUCACUUCUUAAUCUUAUCUAGGUGUGCGGUGAUUAGAGUCUUUUCAAACCAAGAAUCUCCUUUCUAGUAUUUUUGUAUGUAUGCAAAGAAAAUCAUUGGUUUAAUUCCUAGGUUCAAUGUACUCCUGUAAGAACUCAGGUUGGAAAACCUUUUUUGUUGGAGGAGGUCUUGGUCAUUAACUGGAGGUCGUCUUUUUGUGGUCUAUAUUUUAUCAGAUGCAUGUAACUUCGGGCUUUUGGGGAGUAAAUGAAAAAAGGAAUUUAGCCAAUUUGUUCAGGAUUUAGUAGGUCUUAGUCGCUAACUGGAGAUCGUCUUUUAAUAGUUUAUAUUUUAUCAAAUGCAUGUAAC